AUGGAAUAUCUAUAUGGUGUGCCCGUUAUUUCGACCGAAUUACGUCGUGCUGAAUUCGCUAAACAACUGGCUGACGUUUUUGAUUAUAUGGAUCAAAUCAGUCUAGAUAUGUUCAAUCGUAUCACUAUACGUUUAAAUUUAUAUCGUCAACAAUUAAAUAAAUUUGAUGAGAAAAUCAAUAAUGCGAAUGUGCAUAUUGAACGGAUACGUCAAUCAAAACGAGCAACUCAAAUUCAUUCUAGUUCACAUUAUCCCGUCGAACAAAAACGUUCAGUCUAUAAAUCUAUAUUUAUAGAUGAUGAGUCCACUGCUAACAACGAUGAACACGGUUUAUCAUUGCAAUGGAAUACAUUUAAACUAAGUGAAAAUGAAAAAUUUUAUGAUAUUAACGAUAAAGAUUCUAGAACGAAGGAUGAAACAUUAAUUGUUCUCAAACCUACUGAUGAUAGUAAUUCUAUUCGAAAAACAAAAACUAAUAAAUUACAUGGUCUCGGAAAACCUUCGACAAAUAUCAAAUCCGUUUUAUCGUUUCUGAAAUAUAACACACAAGAAAAUCCAUACACUCAGUCUACAAGAAUUGAUCCAUUAUCAAUUGCUGGCAAAAUGAGAAAAAAUACUGAAGAACAUUCGCAAUCACGCAUUGGAGAAACGCCGUUACCUGCAUUUUACCAUUCCAUAUCUGCGGGUGGUGAGAUAGGGUACAUUCCUGUUUUGGGUCCCGUUCCAACAUUAACUCUUCCUGAGAAUUUGGAUGAAUUACCAAAUUUUGCAACAGAUAUGGCUCAAGACUGGGCAAUGGAGUCAAUUGCUCCGUCAUCAUCAAGUUUAUUACCAGAUGUACGCGAUUUGGCAUUUAGUUCAGGUGCAACUACAAACACUCAAGUGUCAGCUCCUCCAACCGUCUCUGAUUUACCAGCAAUUGUUCCUUUAACACAAUCUACCAUUCCUCCACCACCACCACCUCCUCCACCCUCUUUUUCAGUAGAAUCUACUAUAAACAAUGUUCCUACACCUCAGCCGCCACCACUUCCACCAACCGCGUUUGAUAGUAACGAACUUGAAACUGAGAAUAAAGGGAAUCGAACACAAAGUAUAACGGAAAAUACCAGUAGCGGUAAUCCAUUGUUAGACGCAAUACAAAAUUUUAAAAAAGAUAAUUUGCGAAAUGCUCAGGAAAAAAAAUUAAGUAAACGAGCAGAAGAAGAAGCAAAAGAUGCUCCUGAUUUAUUGAAAAAUCUUCAAAUACAAUUGCAAAAGCGUCGAUAUUUUAUGGUUGGUGAGCCCGAAGAACCGAAAAAAUCGAAGAAAUCAACAAAUAUGGCUGGUGAAAUAGGUGAUAUGAUAGAUGUGAUACGAAAAGAGAAGACAAAAGAGAGUGAGGACGAUGACGAAGAUUGGGAGCAAUGA